AUGGCCCCCAACUCUGACCAUGAUCACCUCCGUGCCCUCAAGAAGUUCGACGACACCAAGGCCGGUGUAAAAGGCAUCAUCGAUUCUGGUAUCACCUCCAUUCCGACCAUCUUCCACCACCCUCCAGAGGCCUUCGCCCCAUUGGCACCUCUGUCCACUAAUAUUUUCAUCCCGGUUAUUGAUCUCUUGGGCCACCGAUCAGAGGUAGUCAUCGCAGUGAAGGCGGCUGUGGAAACGUUGGGCUUCUUCCUAGUGGUUAAUCAUGGCGUGCCAGAGGCGACCAUGUCGGACACGCUAGCAGCGGUAAAGGGCUUCCACGAGGGGCCAGUGAAGGAAAAGGAGCCCUACUACACACGGAGCGAGGGGAGGCGCGUUAGGUAUAGUGGCAAUGCAGACCUAUUCCGAUCCCCUGCGGCCAAGUGGCGUGACACCUUGUACAUCGAUGAUGCAGACCAGCUGGUGGAGGAGGUCCUCCCACCGAUGUGUAGGGGGGCUAUGCCAGAGUACACGAGGCUCAUGCGACAAUUGGGCCAUGUCCUCUUUGGGCUAAUGUCUGAGGCUCUAGGGUUGCAGCAUGACUAUAUGGAGGAGGAAACAGGUUGCUUAGAUGCGCUACUCCUGGGCUGCCACUACUACCCAGCGUGCCCGGAGCCGCACCUCACGUUGGGUGCUGUUAGGCACUCCGACGCCAGCUUCCUCACUGUGGUGCUCCAGGACGGUACUGUCGAUGGACUACAAUUGCUCGUCCAUGACAACAAGCAGCAACAGGUGUGGGUGAAGGUGCCGGCUAUGGCAGGGGCACUGGCAGUGAAUGUGGGUGACUUCCUACAAUUGGUGUCCAACGACAGGUUCAAGAGUGUUGUGCACCGUGUGGUGUCCAACAGUGCAGGUCCCAGAGUGUCAGUGGUGUGCUUCUUCAGGGCAAAUAUGGCGACAUUGUGCGGGCCAGUGGUCGUCGACGGGAGUGGUCCACCACGGUAUAGGACCGUCAAGGCAGAGGAGCUAUUUGGCUCAUCCAGGACCAUGCUCAAGUCGGCCUUAUCACCCCAAACUGCGCUAGACUACUUAAGGCUCUAA